CUUGCUUCACAACAUUACCUAUUGCAAGUUAACACCAAGAUGAGUUAUAAAUUAUCUAAGAUAUCCAACGAGAAGGACAUCGGUCCAAUCAAAUUGAUGAACCCACCAACUUCUGCACCAAGCUCAAGGGGAAUUUUGACGGUAACACUUCAUGAGGCUAUCGGUCUUUCCGUAGCGGAGGACUAUAAGGAACGCUCUAACGGCGAGGCACAUAAUCACCAUGUGGGGCGCCGCACGCCUGUCUGUGUGCGAUGCAACUAUCCGUAUGCGCUUUUAGAUUAUGAAAAGUCGCAGGCGACUCUCAACUGUUAUUGGGGGACAACCGAAAAUCCCCUAUGGAUGUCCCGGCUUGAUAUAUGCAAGUUCGAUGUUUCAAGCUUUUCUGAGUUGGCAAUAUAUCUUUACGUUCGGGAUCCUAAUCACACUUUGAAGAGUCGGGAUAUUUGCCUGGGCGUAGCACGGGCGAACCCCUUUGACGAACUUGAAAAGUCUGAAGCACGUUGGCUGGAUUUGGAAGAUGGUACUGGGAAGCUACGCAUUAGCUUUGAAUAUACGAGCCAUGAAAAUGGGACGUUAGAAGAGAGGGACCUCGAGCGUGAUAGACCUAUCAACGGUGUAUGGACCUCCGGUAUUAUUAAGAAAGACACCCAGCGUGUAUAUGCCGAAUCAAAGAUUAGAACAACACAGCUUAGUUCUCAGCUUAAACUGGAAAGCAUAUGGGAUUAUCAGGUCAGCCAUCCUUUUGUCGCGCCGCUCUCCUUUGCUUUCGAAUCAUCAGAGGGUUUAACCCUCCUUUCCCCAUACAUUAGCGGCGGACCCCUUUUCAGUCAGCUUCAGAAGGAUCGAUGUUUCGAUGUCGAUAGAUCACGGUUCUACGCUGCUGAGAUUACCUGUGCGUUAGAGUAUCUACAUAAUACUCGGAAGGUUUUCUCCUGGUUGAAGCCUAGAAAUGCUCUUCUUGAUUCAUUUGGUCAUGUUGUUUUAUGCGGCUUUGGCCUUUUCAACCCUGAUACUAAAAGCGGGAGCCAUGGGACACCUGAGUAUCCAGCACCGGAAUUCCUUCUUGGCCAAGCCGAAUCCAGGACGGCAGACUGGUGGACGCUAGGAGUCUUCCUCUACGAAAUGUUAACGGGGCUACCCCCAUUCUAUGACGAGGACCACGAUAUGAUACACCAAAAGAUUCUCACCCAACCCGACUAUUUUCCCGAGUCUUUUCCUCCCAGUGCCAAGGAUGUGAUAACUAAGCUUCUUGACCGCGACCCUAAGCAGCGCUUAGGGGCCAAUGAAGAUGCCUCGGAGGUCAAAUCUCAUCCCUUUUUUGACGGCGUAGAUUGGAAUAAACUUCUUCAGCGGAAGUACACACCUACUUUCCGUCCUGAAUUUGUUCCAAAUUCCUUCAAGCAAUACAGGGUGAAUAACCCUCCUAAAAAGAAGGAUAAUUUCUGGAUAACUUCACUCGAAUCCACCAAAGCCCCUGUAGCUAGCAAUCCCCCAGCCCAGGACUCCCAUCAAGCAGUUAUCAGAGAGGAUGAUGGCUGGGAACUAAUAUGGGACGGGGCUCGCCGUGAAUUCGACUUGUACAAUCGCUUUACUAAAACGAAAAAGUCUGUCCCUCCUCGGCGUAUGAGACCUCUGGAGCAUGGCAAGGCAGUGGUCAAUGAAAGCGCCGACCCCACUGUUCCUAGUCAAACCCAGAAGGAAGAGCUACUCGAGGCAGCAUUGCAAGCCGGAUACGACAGGGUUGUUUUACAACUGUUGGAAUAUGGAAUGGAUUUGAACGUAAGGAUUGGUGCCGAGCGAGUAAGCCCGUUAGAAUGGGCUGCAGGAGAAGGGAACCUCCCUCUGGUAAGCCUCUUUCUCGGCAAAGGGGCCGAUGCGAAUUUUCCUAGCUUUACCGUCCGUGGAAUGCACAAAGGAGGACCUGCAUUAGUCAGGGCCGUGGAGAAGGGGAAUCGAGAGAUCGCCCAGGCCCUGGUGCGAACCACUGAUCGGGUAGCCUCAACGAGAGCUCUAGGCCUCGCCGUGUAUCAGCAGGAUAUCCCGAUGGUCAAACUCCUACUAGAAAAUGGCGUCCGGUGCGAAUUCGAAGAAGAAGAUCGGCCUCUUCCUUGGGACCCUCAGGAUGAUGGCUGCUAUUUCUUCGACCGGGCGGAAUCAGAGGAAUUCAUACCCCCGCUCGUCCGUGCGGUUAAGAAAGGCAAUGCGGAUCUGGUUCGGUUGCUGCUCCUACACGGGGCGGAUGUGAACGCCAGCUACCAUGGUAUGCUUUGGGAUUUAUAUGAGUUUGACCUAGGAAAGGACCCGAUCUGGUUUUCGUGCGGUCGGCCUGUCGAGUUGGCCAUGGAGCUGGGGCAUGACGAUAUUGUUGGACUGUUGCUUGACAGCGACGCUGAUAUCAAUCUUCCGCAGCCUAGCUGGCCUGUGCCGGGACAUGAUUGUAGAUUAGUCCCGAGACUGGUUUAUCAGAAGGUUAGGGCGCGCUUGAGAGCGGCUCUGGCGUCAAGGCAUGAUGGCGACGCAUCUGUAUGAAGCAUAUGAGGAUAACAGAUUCCGGCCAAAGAGUUGAUAUUGAUCGUAUGAAUUCGUUGUAGAUCAGAGUUAAACUAGCGCAUUUCGCUGAUCGAAACGCGACUCGAUGUCUAUUAUGCUAUCCUUGUAUUGCUGAGCACUGUUAUAAAGCCCAACGAUAAGGUUGCUUGUCGCCAGAUUCGACAUCUUAGAUAUGUACCUUACUACCCGAUGUUACCAAAUAGCAAGUUCUAAAUGGUGACUUA